CACACAGAGACACGCUCACAGAGACUAUACCUGCCUCUACUUGUCUGCUCUCAGCAGAUGGCCUCUUGCUUUUGGGUCGCCUUAUUUUGCAGCCCAGUCCAAUUAGACCCUUUCUUCCCUGGAGACUGGAAAGCUGUGGGGUGAGGGUUUCAGCAAGGUCUCCUGUCUUCAGAGUAUGAAGGACACUGUCCGGCAAGAGAAGAGGGUUACAUUUAGAGUUCGGGCCCAGUUGGUGUUGGGCUCCCCGAUACUUCUUUUUUGCAGAACUAUCACUGGCCCCUGGUUGCAAACUCUCCGUGGCUUUGAAGUCCACAAAAUAAAAACUGAGAGGGGGCCCAAAAAGAGAAGAAAACGUUGUUGGUCCCCAGACUCCACUAUCGGAUUUUGGCAGGGAUGAGAAGAGAGAACUACCAAGAGUGAUCAAGUACAGGUCCCUGCACGGCCUUAAAGAAUGCGUUCCAGAAGCACUAACCCUGAGGGCUCAGCCCCCAAACAAUUUCCAAGACACAGUAAAGACCAGAAUUUCCAGAACAUGAAGCACAAACAGCAAGACAAAGACUCCACGAUUGAGUUGGAUGAAAUCCUUCCAUGUCCCAAGUCAGAGAAGCCACACAAUGGCAAUGGCCACCAAGCAGAUGAUCUUUCAAGAGAUGACCUGUUAUUUCUUCUCAGCAUUCUAGAGGGAGAACUGCAGGCUCGAGAUGAAGUCAUCGGUAUUUUAAAGGCUGAAAAAAUGGACUUGGCUUUGCUGGAAGCUCAGUAUGGGUUUGUUACUCCGAAAAAGGUGUUGGAAGCUCUCCAGAGAGAUGCUUUUCAAGCAAAAUCAAUUCCUUGGCAGGAGGACAUCUAUGAGAAACCAAUGAAUGAGUUGGACAAAGUCGUGGAAAAACAUAAAGAAUCUCACAGACGAAUCUUGGAACAACUUUUAAUGGUAGAAAAAUCCCACAGGCAAACCAUAUUGCAGUUGGAGGAAGAAAAAAGAAAACAUAAAGAAUAUAUGGUGAAGAGUGAUGAAUUCAUAAGCUUACUAGAACAGGAAUGUGAAAGAUUAAAGAAGCUGAUUGGUCAAGAAACCGAGUCCCAGCAGAAGAAGGAGCAAGAAAAGGAAAAGAGGGUCACCACCCUGAAAGAGGAGCUGACCAAGCUGAAGUCUUUUGCUUUGAUGGUGGUGGACGAACAACAAAGGCUUACAGCACAGCUCACCCUUCAAAGACAGAAAAUUCAAGACCUGACCACAAGUGCACAGGAAACACAUGCUAAACUAACUCUUGCUGAAGCCAGAGUUCAGGAAGAAGAGCAGAAGGCAACCAGACUAGAGAAAGAACUGCAAACACAGACCACAAAGUUUCAUCAGAACCAAGACGAAAUUAUGGCAAAGCUCACCAAUGAGGACAGUCAAAAUCGCCAGCUUCGACAAAAGCUGGCAGCACUCAGUCGGCAAAUUGAUGAGUUGGAAGAGACAAACAGAUCUUUAAGAAAAGCAGAAGAGGAGCUGCAAGAUAUAAAAGAAAAAAUCAACAAGGGAGAAUAUGGAAAUGCUGGCAUAAUGGCUGAGGUAGAGGAGCUCAGGAAGCGAGUGCUAGACAUGGAAGGAAAAGAUGAAGAGCUCAUAAAGAUGGAGGAACAGUGCAGAGAUCUCAAUAAGAGGCUUGAGAAGGAAACAGCACAGAGUAAAGACUUUAAACUAGAAGUUGAAAAGCUCAAUAAAAGGAUUAUGGCUCUGGAAAAAUUAGAAGAUGCUUUCAACAAAAGCAAACAAGAAUGCUACUCUCUUAAAUGCAACUUAGAAAAAGAAAGGACAACCACAAAGCAGUUGUCUCAGGAACUAGAGAGUUUAAAAGUGAGGAUCAAAGAGCUAGAAGACAUUGAAAGUAGGCUGGAAAAGACAGAAUUCACUCUGAAGGAGGAUUUGACUAAACUGAAAACACUAACUGUGAUGCUUGUGGAUGAACGGAAAACAAUGAGCGAAAAAUUAAAGCAAACGGAAGAUAAAUUACAAGCUGCUUCUUCCCAGCUUCAAGUGGAGCAGAACAAAGUAACAACAGUUACUGAGAAGUUAAUUGAGGAAACUAAAAGGGCACUCAAGUCCAAAACUGAUGUGGAAGAAAAGAUGUUCAAUGUAACCAAGGAAAGAGAUGAUCUAAAAAACAAACUGAAAGCAGAAGAGGAGAAAGGAAAUGAUCUCUUGUCAAAAGUCAAUAUGUUGAAAAACAGGCUUCAAUCAUUGGAAGCAAGUGAGAAAGAUUUUCUAAAAAGCAAAGACUCUGGCAAGUCCACAACAGCUUUACACCAAGAAAACAAUAAGAUUAAAGAACUCUCCCAAGAAGUGGAAAGACUGAAACUAAAGCUAAAGGAUAUGAAAGCCAUUGAGGAUGACCUCAUGAAAACAGAAGAUGAAUAUGAGACUCUGGAACGAAAGUAUGCUAAUGAACGAGAAAAAGCUCAAUUUUUAUCUGAAGAGCUAGAGCAUGUUAAAAUGGAACUUGCCAAGUACAAGUUGGCAGAAAAGACAGAGUCCAGCCAUGAACAAUGGCUUUUCAAAAGGCUUCAAGAAGAAGAAACUAAAUCAGGGCAUCUAUCAAGAGAAGUGGAUGCAUUAAAAGAGAAAAUUCAUGAAUACAUGGCAACUGAGGACCUAAUAUGUCACCUCCAGGGAGAUCACUCCAUUCUGCAAAAGAAACUAAAUCAACAAGAAAACAGGAACAGAGAUUUAGGAAGAGAGAUCGAAAACCUCACUAAAGAGCUAGAGAGGUACCGGCAUUGUAGUAAGAGUCUCCGUCCUAGUCUCAAUGGAAGAAGAAUCUCUGACCCUCAAGUAUUUUCUAAAGAAGUUCAAACAGAAGCAGUAGACAAUGAGCCACCAGAUUACAAGAGUCUCAUUCCUCUGGAAAGAGCAGUCAUUAAUGGUCAGUUGUAUGAGGAGAGUGAGGAACAAGAUGAGGACCAUAAUGAGGAGGAAUCUGUGCUGUCCUUCAGAUGCAACUCGUCCACUCCCCUUCCUAUGAACAGGAAGCUAUGGAUUCCCUGGAUGAAAUCCAAGGAGAGCCAUCCUCAGAAUGGGAAAAUACAAACUAAACCCAAUGGCAACUUCAUGCAACCUGGAGAUCUAGUUCUAAGCCAUACACCUGGACAGCCGCUUCAUAUAAAGGUUACGCCAGACCAUGCCCAAAAUACAGCCACUCUUGAAAUCACAAGUCCAACCACAGAGAGCCCUCACUCUUACACAAGCACUGCAGUGAUACCAAACUGUGGCACCCCAAAACAGAGGAUAACCAUUCUCCAAAAUGCUUCCAUAACACCAAUGAAGUCCAAAACCUCUACUGAAGGCCUCCCGAAUUUAGAUCAAGGUAUGUCCCCAAUUGCCAUGGCAACCUUUGCCAGAGCACAGACCCCAGAGUCUUGUGGUUCUAUAACUCCAGAAAGGACAAUGUCACCUAUUCAGGUUUUGGCUAUGACUGGUUCAGCUAGCUCUCCUGAGCAGGGACGCUCCCCAGAGCCAAUAGAAAUCAGUGCCAAGCACGCGAUUUUCAGAGUCUCCCCAGACCGGCAGUCAUCGUGGCAGUUUCAACGUGCAAACAGUAAUAGUUCAAGUGUGAUAACUACUGAGGAUAAUAAAAUCCACAUUCACUUAGGAAGUCCUUACAUGCAAGCUGUGGCCAGCCCCAUGAGACCUGCCAGCCCUUCAACACCACUGCAGGAUAACCGAACUCAAGGUUUAACUAAUGGGGCACUAAACAAAACAACCAAUAAAGUCACCAGCAGUAUUACUAUCACACCAACAGCUACACCUCUUCCUCGACAAUCACAAAUUACAAUCAAGGAGGUGUGUAAGCAAAGAAUUCCAACACGGAUUCCUAAACCAAAAUCUACAAGCAUCACUAGGAUUUCCACAAAAGCCCCUCUAGGGCCUACAGACAAACAUAUUCACCAAAAUGGCUGUGGGAAGUUACACAUCGUAACAACCAUCACUUCUAACUCUUACCUCCACAUGGGAGGGAAAAGGUAAGUUCUAUGGACACACUGUCUGGAUACCGUCUACAGAAAUAUCUGCAAUGCUGAAAGUAUGGCUGUAGAAAGCCAGAGAGGAACAGCUAUCUCUUUGGGAAAUGUGAAGCAGCAACUGGCAGACAGUUCAUUCACAGGUUGGUGGACCUGGUGAUCAUCCUAUCUUCUCAGCUCUAUUUGUGCAUAAGCACAUACAUACAAUCACAGGCUCAGACUCGUACCUCAAAGCCCACUCGAUUCCUCAUGCUACUUGUAUAAUCGUCAGCCUCGUAUAGGACUGAAUUCAUUAUGACAAUUCAAGAGUUUUCUGGUGAACAAAGUAGUAAUCCUUCAUUCUUCAGAACUUCAAUGAAUAAUCAUAAUUUCUAUGAAAAUGUGGUAUCAAGAAUUCCUAAUCAGCUUCAGGAAAGUCAAAUUAUUUCCAUCAAAAUGGCAGAACAAUUAGAAUCCAACUUAAGGUAUUAAAAAGGGAGAAAGGUGGUAAUUCUUAGUUACAAGGAGGUAAGAAACAACAAAUAGAUUAGUAGUUAAUACUCCCUAGUGGCUUACCCAACAACCACUAAGGUUAUAUGUACAUUUGAUAGAUAGCACUUUAUCUCCUGCCCCAUUUUUUUCAAGCUGUUUGCCCCUCCUGUGUAUUUCAGACCAUGGAAUCAUACUGCUAGGCUGUAAGACAACUCAUUUAGAUGAGUACUGUUGCCUUCUACAGCAAUCAAGGGAUGAGAAUCAAAGGUCAAUAAUACUCCAUCUUUUAUGGAGAUAAGCUUCACUGUUCUGGGUGUUAGAAAAAAAAAGAACAAUUUAUUAUCUCAAAAGACUUUCUUUAGUCACACUUAUUCCUGAAUCAAUAUUAUAAAAAAAUCAGUUGAUUCAGCAAAAGCCUGGAAUCAGGAAACUCAAAUUUCAAUCUUAGCUUUUCACUCAUGUGUCACUUAGUGUGGCAUUCAUCAAUCUAAGCCUUGAGUUUCCCACAUGUAAAUCAGGUAAGUAGUUUCCUUCCAGCUGUGAUAACCCAUGAGUAUGCCCAAUGACAUAAUACUGAAUUCAAACAACCUGUCUAGAAGGCUGAACACAGUUUCCUGGCAGUAAGCUAAAGUAAUUCUUCUCAUCACAUGGAAAGCUCUCUCACUAAAUCAAGAGAAAGGUACCUAUAAUUCAGUGUGGACAAAGUAACACAAUAACGUUUCAAGACAAGGCAUUUUGGGCCCAGAAGACAGUUAUAUUUCCCAAAGCCUAGGUCAGAGGGAAAAAUAAUUAAUUGAACAGCAUGACCCAACAUUUUUUGUUAUCCUUCACUACUAAAACUUGGAGUCAUGGCCCAGGAAGAAAUCCUUGUGGUUAAGAACUGUCAGGUGUGCUGGGAUGGAGCCAACAAAGCAGUAGCAAUUCCUCAUGUUCACCUGGCUACGUCCCCUUCAAUACACUGAUGACAGUACACAAACAGCCAUUUAAUUUCAAGGAGGAAGAGCUGGAAAAUGGGCAGCACCAAGCUAUGGGAGCCAAAGAAAUGGAUGAUGGGCAAAAGUCCCCACAGGCAAGAGGCAGAGGGAGAAGUAGAUGGGGAGGGUAAGUGAAUUAGAAGUCUGAAACGGAAAAGUGGAAGUUAAGGGAAAGCAGUAAGAGAACGAUAGAAGGAAAGGGACUACAAAGAUGAAGAAGCUCUGACAUCCAAAAUAAUUCACAUAUGCAAAGAGUACUAGAGGUGUGCCUGAUAUGAAGCAAGUAUUUGAUAAAUCUCAAGUGAAUGCAGGAUGGAUGAAAGAGAGAAAGCCAUUCAGUCAAAACAUGUGUGAGCAAUGUAGCUAAGAGAUGGCAAUGAAGUAUGACAGGAAAAGCAGCUAUGCCUCGGUGACAUUCAAAAUUGGGAGUUAUGCUAAUGGAAAGAAUAAAGCACUGAAACCCUUAAGAGUGGAAACAGGAGAAAUAGCAUGUGCCAACAAUAGUCCCAGAAAAACAAAAUGCCCUGAGAAAGUUUCACCUG